AAGAACAGCCAGCCUACCUCAGUGGGAGUGGUUUAGUUCAGGAGGCAGAAACUCAAAAGGCAAAUUAAACAGCAAUGAGGGACACAGACAGGUAGAGGAAGUCCACUUUUUUUAUUCAGCUUUAGUUCAUAAGCACAAUGUGGGCUCUAAAUGAAGAAAAUAUGGACACAUCUGACACUCCGUGGAGUUGGUAUUAUCUGGAAGACUGUGGGAGGUGGCACAGAGUUGAGGAUGAUCCCAGCAAGCCCAUUAGGAGUCAGGACAUGGAGGAUUUUUAUUUGAGAGACUCGAAAUCUGUUAUGACCGUAAAUACGUUCAACUUCCGAAGCAAGAUCGAUUUUUCAGUGAUGUUGCAGACCGACCUCACCACAGGAAAACAAAGGCGAAUCCAACGCAACUUUAAUCUUGUACAAAGCUGUUGCUGUUUCUGUGGACCUCCUGUUUUCUGGGAAAACUUUGAUCCUACAGCUCCUUAUCAGCUGAUCCAACUGAGUGAGCUCACCUCAGAGUAUCAGACUGUGGCAGAUUAUGUGAGCCGUGAAGGUCUCCUAUCCAAAUCCAUCGUAUCAAUAAGCAGAAUACAGAAUCUGGAUCUCUGGGAAAUAUACUGCAGGAAAAAGAAACAGCUUAUGAAAAUUAAAAAUGUCCCAGAUAUUCCUGAAAGGCGCCUUUUCCACGGGACUGACACUAAAAACGUGGAGAGCAUUUGCAAGUAUAACUUUGAUUUAAGGAUACCUAAAAAGAACGGAAGAACAUUUGGUAAUGGUAUAUAUUUUGCCAUCCAUGCAUCAUAUGCAGACAAAUACAGCACCAACAGCACACAUGGUGGAAACACUAAAAGCAUAUUUCUUGCUCGGGUGAUGGUUGGGAAGUUUAAACUUGGAACACAGGAUUUACUUAAGCCAGAUGAUGAAAACGCGUUUGACAGUUGUGUGAAUGAUGCCAGUCAUCCCACAAUAUUUAUUAUAUUUGAUCCAAAUCAAAUAUACCCGGAAUAUCUUAUAGAGUACCAAUAACCUCACUCAACUUCAGUCAGUCUAUGUGGAUGAUAAAUCUGUCGAAUAAAUAAAUUAAUUUGUUGAAGAAAGCUUUUUAGAGUAACAUCCCAUUUGAAGCCAACAGGGAAUUUAAAAUAUCCAAUAAUCUAAUUUAUUACAUAGUUAACAUUAAAUAUCAAGUAUAAAAUGGUUACUAUUGGUUUUUAACGACAUUUCUGUCGACUUCCACUGCAUUAUAAUUACAAUAUAGAUAUUCAGAUUUAAAACAAUCGACAAAUAAACUUCAGAACCAAA